AAUUUAGCGCGCGAGCGGUGCCAGGCAAAAAUAUGCCUAAAACUCGAUAGUACAAGCGCCAAAAGAAGUUCACGGUCGACACCUCCUAAUUCGUCCUUGAACCCUCGACUCCGCGAACCCGCGCGCGGACAUCUAUCCCUUGGAUAGAUAUUCGAAGCAACUUCCGGUAGUCGGGCACGACGUAUGCGCCGACGCGCGAACCCUGUCGUCGUCGUCGUCGUCGUCGGGUCGCAUCUGCGCAUUUUCCAGCUGAGUUUCCUUCACAGGCGAGGUUCUGCCUGUCCCGGAUUGUCGUGUACGCGUCGACACACUAGACCGGCAGGGAAAACUACGGGAAAAUCUUCGAUUACCGUUUCACAUAUCGUUGAAUAAUUAUGUACAAAACGGUGCGGAAAGGCGAUGCCAGCCUGCAGUACACGAUACUGCCACAGACGGAUCAGUUCUCGUCCGGCGGAUUUCCGCAAACUUCCGGUAAGCCCCGGCCGAGGAUCAUCAAGUAUACGAUGGGCACUGUGAUGGUGCUCAUCAUACUGUCUUGCGUGGCCACGCCGUUCCUGAUGAAUCAGAAUGAUCACAACCUUUUCGCCAGCACGAUGCUGGCGAUGAGCCGAGUCGAGCCAGUCAGAAACACAUCGAGAAGCCAAACGAAGGACAUUGGUGUUAGUAAGAACAAAAGCAGGAUUCCGACUACGAUGGUGUCGACGACCGAGGUCACUAGGAGGAAAGACCUCGAAGAUAACACGACCCCUUUCAACGGAAUUCUCCGAGAGAAGGAAGAGGAGGAAGAGGCGGUAGUUGAUGAUACCACGUUAGCAGAUACAUCGGAAAUUAGUACGCAAGCAAUUCCCAGCACGGAAACGUCGAUGAACGGCCGUCAUACGGUGAGGACUUCCGCUCUACCGCCGACAACGGCCCUCUCAGCGUCUUCGAGCGGCACGACAGAGGAUACGAAGACGGCGAGCACGUCAAAAAAGCCAAAAAUGCCGAGAGUGACUUUAAAACUGCGCGAAAACGAAACCAUACCGCAGAUGUAUAUGAAGGCUGGCAUAGCUUCGUACAAGAAAGGCAACAUCACCACUAGCGUUCUCGCGCCGCGCCUGAGCCUUGAGGGCCUAAUAUUCAAAACGCCGGAGGGCACGAUAAAGCCCUGGCCUCAGAAGUGGUUCUUCAGCGAUCCCUCGGCCGACUUUCAGUGGAAGGGCUCGACUCAAAUGCCGGUAACAAUUUACAUCGUCCUUGCGGGACUGGCCGCUUUGGCAAGCAUCAGUAUCGUCCUAAUGUUUUAUGUGCAACGUAAAGCAUCGAGACGUCAACGGCCGAACAUAGAGGAGCCGGAAGUCGAGGAACACGAGGAAGACAAGUCGACUCUUUUGGGUGCGGAGAGCCAAGAGAUCGAGGAAAAGGAGUAAUUGCUUGGCAAGACAAACACAACGCAUCCGUACAUAUAGCGCGCGUAAGACUUGCCUAUUUUUACAACACAUCAGUUAGGUUUAGAGUCUUCCAGGUCGAAGGAUUGAACCUUGAGAAACGAAACAGAUACGAGAAGGAUUUUUUUAUGAUGCAACCGGAAUUAACUAGAAUCGUAUUAGGACGAACGCGCUCCAUAAUUCGAUUGCCUGAAUUAAGAAUCUGCACGAUUUUUUUUUUUUUGCGAGAUUGCUCACAAUAUUGUUGUUACGCCCGUAAGUUUACCUCGCGCGAUAACGGAUUUUUAAACAAGGGAUUUUUCCGCACAAAAGUGGAAACAAUCACAUUGUACAAUCAUUCUUAGCAUGGCACUUUCAUUUAGAUGCCCAAUUUACAUGUUUGUUAAGAAAUUAGCAACGGACCAAUUAAGUUUGUUGCAAUUGUGGUAUAUCUCGACUAGCGACUAUGAUUAAAACGAUAACGAUACGACAAUGAAUCUUGCGAUAGUCGAGUUGAUCAAUGAAAAGUUACAUAAAGAGAUUCUGUUGUUAAUUGAAUAAGUUUGUGAUGAAGUAGAGCAGGUUUUAAAGACCCGCCACGGAUGGACGCACGAUGUUCGUAAAGACAAACUACAUAUAUACAGAGAAAAAGUACCUGGCGAAUUAAGAAGACCGAAGUUUAUAAUAUCCUUCACAAAACUAAAUGUAGAACUCUUUCUUGACAUUCACUCCCUGGGUGAAAAAUUUUUUGAAGUUUUUAUACAAAAUUUAUAAAUAUUUAACUCGACAAUGCCUAAGAAAAGAAGCGUCUUAAAAAUUUAAAUAUUAUCUUCAAAAUUCCGGUUACUAAACACAUAGGACAUAUGUUUUUGUAAUAAAGGAGAAUGCAAGAAGUAAGUGAUUUUAAAUAAGAUUAAAUGAAGAAUUUAAAUUAUACAGAGUGCAGUAAGAUAGAUUAAAAUUAGUCUGAAAAUCUAAAGGAAAAAAAAAAAAAAAUACAAAUGUACAUGCGAUAGCACAUGAAAAAAUAAAUAUAUUAUAGUCUUGAAAGAAUUUUAGAAGCCCACAGAAAGGUCUCCUUAAUUCGGCCAUCUGUAUUUGCUAAACUUUCUAUAAUGUACAUGAUAUGCGUAUAUAUAUAUAUAUGAUUAUAAGAUAUUAUGUAUACGUGUGUCAUCGACUUUUUUAGCGAAUCUCGAAAAAACAACGUGCUUUUUGACUUUCUGACGGCAGUCGAAUUCUAUCUGCGUACAAAAGUAGCUAUAUUGCCAGCUACAAUAAAGAGCCAGCUUUCAAACUCCUCGUUUAAUUAAAAGUGAUGUUUGACGAACGUACUAUCAGAUAUAUUGUUCGAUCGAUAUUCGCGCAUCGUUCACUCGACGAUAUCUAUCGUAUGGGGAGAAAUAUAAUACCAUAUUUUUUUUGCAAGGUCUCUCAAACAGCUUGACGCGAUAUCGCGUCAAAAUAUAUGUAUACAUGACUCAUAUUAAAUUAACCCGAGCUCUACGCAAUAUCGAAGUUUAAUUAUAGAUUGAUUCAAUCAAUGUCGUUUUAUUAAAAUAUGAUACAUUAUUUGUAAAAAUCGGGACACAGAAUUUUAUUAACCGGUUAAAAUUUGCAAAAAAAAAACACUAAAUAAAUUAUAUUUAAUUAAAAUUGAAAUAAUUAAUGUAGAAUAAUAAAGAUAUGUAUUAUAUUUGUCAAUAUUAUCAUAAAAGUACGUCACUCAGAAAAUUAUAUAUUUAAAAACACAAUAUGUUGCAAACAA